UUUAAACUUUUAAAACUUAUAAUUUUAAACUUCAAAAGAAAAUUUAAUAAAUUAAUUUAUAAAAUUUAAAGAUUUUUUUAAUUUUUUCAAUGUGAAAGAAAUACUUUUUUUGAACUAAAAUUUUAAAUCUAAAAAUACUUUCUAAUACUUUUACUACGUUACGACUUAUUUCAAGUUUAAUGAAAUAAACAGGCGAUUUGUACAUUUUUUAAAACUAUCUUUAAUUAAAGCAAUUUUAGCUGGUACUUAUAAAAUAGAAGGAAUACGCCGUUGGGACACUGAAAGGGCUUUCGCGAUGCAAAUACGCCACUAGUAAAGGUCGAAUUUACUAAAUAGAAUAAAGCGGCGCGAACCGACAUAACCGGGAGUUUUAAUUCAAAUGACUAGAUAGUUCCGAAGCGACGUGAUCGGGCAAAUUAUCGCGAACGAUAGGAUGGCGUCGAAGCGACAUGACUAAGGAACAUCAAGGGUGGCGAAAAUCCAGAUACUGUUCCAACGAAAUCUAAUUUACAAUAGCAAUUUAGAGGGUCAGAUAAUGGUAUUGCAACAAGGAAAACAGGAUCAGCAACAAACGCUGGAAAGCGCAGUAGAAAAAGUCAUACAACGAUCGAGCAAAUAUGACAUACGGAGCGCGUGGGCAUGCGUUGCAGCGCUCACAAACACGAAACGAGACCCAUCGAACUUCAUAACAAUAUCUGAUGCAGGGAUCGCGAAUAACUCCGAAAAAACAAAGGAAGCCGUUUUAAAGAUCGUCUCGCCCGUAGCGGAAAAACUUAAAGUUAAGCAUAUAAAAAAAAUUAGCGGCAACGGAAUCCUCGUAGAAACGGCAGGUCAAAAGGACCUUACGACCCUCCUCAAGUACCGAAAACUGAGAGAGGCUGGUUUCGUGGUCAAUGUCCCGGCGAAGAAAUGUCCACGAGUGAUAAUAUAUGAUAUCUCCAGAGCUAAUAAUGACGAGGAGAUAAUGAAAGCUCUUAUAGAGCAGAACUUAGAAACAAACACGAAAGAAAUGUUCCGCCGACAAGUAAGGUUAGCAUUUAAAACCGGUGACAGGAAAAAAGAAAGAUUGAGUGCUGGUAAUUGGGUGCUCGAGACUUCGAAAGAAGCCCGCGAAAUUCUUAUUAAAAGAAGAGAGAAUCUACAUUGGUUGGAACUGCUACAGAGUACAGGAUUAUCUAGUGGCGACGAGAUGCUACAAGUGCCACAACUUUGGACAUACAGCGAAGUAUUGCCGGAACGACAAGGAAAUUUGCGGCCACUGCGCAGAGGAAGGCCAUGCCUUCAAAAACUGUCCUAACGAAAACAAAAAUCCAGUUUGCCGUAAUUGCAAGAGAAGCGGAAAAACAUCAUCAUACGCCGUGAUGGAUAAGGCCUGUCCCUCUUAUUAAAAUUACAUAGCGGCUUUGAAUCAGGUCCUACUACGAACGAACUAUGAUCAGUAAGACCUAUAAAGAUGUAUACGAACUACGUUUGGCCCAACUCAACAUGCGGAGAGCGCAAUGUAUCACCCUCGAGAUUGCGCGGAUCAUGGACGAUGAAUGCAUCGACAUCCUGCUCAUGCAAGAACCAUAUAACCCGAGAGGGAAAUUCAUCGAAUUCGGGCGGCGUGUGCUCGUGAUCUCCGGAGGCAUUUAUUUUCAAUGCUCUGAUAGCAUCGAACCAUACAUCCGAAAAAUAGAAGAGAUCACGUCCACCUUUCCCGGAGAGAAAUUAAUCAUUUCGGCCGAUGUAAACGCAAGAUCACCUCUACGGCACUGUCAUUAUGCGGAUACCCGUGGCGAGGAAAUCGAGCUUGCCCUGGCGAGUCGGGAUCACCCCCCACUUCUGCACUCGGGCGCCUCGACCAUUGAUAUAUAACUCUUCCUUCCCGAGGUGUUUUGAAACUCGUCAGGAAGUGGUCUGUCGUGGAAGAAUGGACGACCAACGACCAUAAUGUGAUAUUGACAAGUGUGGCACCGCAGCGAGGUCAGCAAUACCAACUGACACUCCCCAAAUAUAACAUAAAAACGGCAGACUGGGAAAAAUUCCGGAGGCGUAUCGCGGAGUUGCGGAGCGGGGAAUGCCUAAACGCCGAGAUUCUUUCGGCUAAGAGAGUUUUCUCUGCUGCAAUUGCCCUGCGGAAUACCAUCAUCGAAGCGUGCAACCAUGCGAUGAAACCGAAAAAAGCGGAUGUAAAAUCAGUUUCAUGGUGGAAUCCUUGAUCAAGAAGAGGAUGUAUGCAACAAGAAAGGCGUUCCAGAUGGAGCGUGCUCCCGAACUUAGGGAAAAAAGAAGAACCGUGUAUUUGAACCUUCGGCGGGAAUACAAAACGGAAAUUGGAAAAGCCAGACGAGAGAUUCGUCACCAUAGAAGGAAACUGCGACCCAUGGGGCGUGAUUUACAAACUUUGUAGCAGGAAGGUUGCGGCAGAGAUCGUAGUUGCAACGCUGAAGGAAUGGUAGGUAGGCGAAAAAGAAAGACCAAAGUGGGAGGAGUAUUAUUGGACUCCCUCGUUCCGAACGAUACGCAGGAUAUCAUGGCUGCGCAAAUAAUGAAACAUCGAUGGCGGUUAAACCACCGAUGACGGAUGAUGCGCCGCCUUUCGAUAAGGAGGAAGUCCGGCGUGCAAUAAACAGUAUGAAGAAUGGUAAAGCGUCGGGUCCCGAUAGAAUCAAAGUCGAAAUUCUUAAGGCCUCCCACGCCAUCAUUUGCAAAGAGCUGCAAGAUUUCUUUAAUGCCUGUCUGCGCUAUGAUACCUUCUCCGAGACCUGGAAAGAAAACUCGAUCCAUGCUCUACUAAAAGAUCCCGAUGGGGACGCAUCGGAUCCAGUCUCGUACCGCCCGAUCUGUCUCCUUUCAGUGAUUGGAAAGUGUCUGGAGAAAUUGCUGGCAGAAAGAUUCAGACCGUUGUUUUCGGACAGUUGGUACGGCACAAAUCAAUACGGAUUUCGAAGGGGAAGAUGGACGAUAGACGUAAUCCUAGAAAUGAGGAGAAUAAUAAAGGACAAGUAUGUCCCCGCCAUCUUCUUUGACAUCAGGCGAGCGUUUGAUCAUGUGUGGUGGCCGAGCAUAUUGUACCGCUUGCGAGAGAGAGGCUGUCCGAGGAUCCUAUUCCUUCUUGUUACUUGCGAGGACAUACGGUAGGCUUUGUCGGCAAACACAGAGCCGUUACGAAGAACGCCACAAGAGGAUGCUCGCAAGGAUCUAUACUCCUGGGCCCAAGUCUCUGGAACCUAGUUUUCGACGAUCUGCUUCACACUCUCGGACGGAGGGGCGUGCGUGCGGUCGCAUAUACGGAUGACCUCUUGAUAAUAAUUUCCGGAAAUAGUCGCGUCCAAAUCGAAACAGCGGGACAGACCGCCAUUGGAAUAAUUGAGGAAUGGUGUGGAAAGGAGAAACUUUCACCCUCUCGGCGCAGAAGACCGAAAUGAUUUUGUUAAAGGACACGCUAGAAGACCACGGACUCUAAAGUUGCAAGCGAUAGCGAAAAGAGAUUGGGACCAGACAUGUAUGUCAACACUGUACAAUGGUAUAUUUAUACCAAUAACAACGUAUGCAGCGGCGUCAUGAUGCGACAAAGUUAAUAAAUCAGGAUUGC